UUAUAAACGCAUUUUGUUUUACUUGACCUCCUUUCGGCAAUGCGAUUCUGUUCACGUGAUCGGCAUCGCAUCGUCACGUGACUUGCUCCUCUCCCGCAGUCCGUCUUCGUCCAUAAACAAGUUCUGCCGGCGACGCGAUGUUCCCUCUACUCGCCCUCUUCAGUUCCUUGCUAUUGAGCCCUUUGGUCCACUGUGGUUAUCUGGAAGCAGACCAAGAUGUUCUAAUACCCAAGGACUGGACGGACGCAGGGCGGGUGAGCCCGACCGAAGAGCUGGAGUUGACCUUUGCCCUCAAGCAGCAGAACACUGACCUGCUGGAGGAAACUCUCCGACGUGUAUCUGACCCAGAUUCCCCUCAUUAUGGUAAAUACCUCAGCCUGGACCAAGUGUCCUCUCUGGUCCGACCCUCCGACCUGACCCAGAAGGUGGUGCGCCACUGGCUGCAGAAUCACGGCGUAACAAACUGCCUGACCGUCCACACGCAGGACUUCUUACAGUGCAGCAUGACUGCUGAAGUUGCCGAGUCGCUUCUACCUGGCAGCAGGUUCCAUCGCUACCUCAGGGAGGAGCUGUCUGUUGUGCGCUCCUCUGCUCCCUACGCUGUUCCCUCAGACGUCCACCAGCACCUGGACUUCGUCGGGGGUCUUCACCGCCUCCCACCUGGAGGCCCGCAGCUCACAGCCAGGCAGGGAGUGUCCAAGGCUGGACUGCACCUGGGAGUGACCCCGUCCAUCUUGAGGUCUCGCUACAACAUGACGCAGGCCGACGUGGGGUCAGCGGGGAACAACAACAGCCAGGCGGUGGCUCAGUUCCUGGAGCAGUACUAUCACCCGGCAGACCUGGCCGAGUUCAUGACCCUGUAUGGGGGCUCCUUCAAGCACCAGUCGGCUGUGGACCGGGUGGUGGGCACUCAGGGAUCAGGGAAGGCCGGCUUGGAGGCCAGUCUGGAUGUGGAGUACAUCAUGAGCACGGGGGCCAACAUUCCCACGUGGGUCUUCACCAACCCAGGUCGCCACGAGUCCCAGGAGCCGUUCCUGCAGUGGAUGGUUCUGCUGAGCAACAUGUCGGACCUGCCCUGGAUUCACACCGUCAGCUACGGGGACGACGAGGACAGUCUGUCCGCUGCCUAUAUGACGCGCAUCAAUGUGGAGUUCAUGAAGGCCGGGGUCCGAGGGAUCUCGCUUCUCUUCGCUUCAGGGGACAGCGGUGCCGGAUGCAGACACAUGGGUAACAACCAGAACUCUUUCAGGCCCAGCUUCCCGGCUUCAAGCCCGUAUGUGACCACAGUGGGAGGAACGUCCUUCAAGAACCCGUUCAAGGUGACGUACGAGGUCACAGAUUACAUCAGCGGAGGAGGAUUCAGCAACGUCUUCAAGAUGCCCGACUACCAGGUCAGCGCGGUGACGGCGUACCUGAAGAACAUGGCGGAGAGUCUCCCGCCUGAGUCCUACUUCAACACCAGCGGCCGAGCCUAUCCGGACCUGGCCGCUCUGUCGGACAACUACUGGGUGGUGAUCAACAGAGUCCCAGUCCCCUGGGUAUCCGGGACCUCGGCGUCCACCCCAGUCUUCGGUGGGAUUCUAUCCCUCAUCAAUGACCAGCGUUUGCUCAAGGGUCUGCCGGUUCUGGGCUUCCUCAACCCCCGACUCUACAAGCUUCGGGCAGGAGAUGCUCUGUUUGACGUGGUUGAAGGGUGUCACCUCAGCUGUCUGGACGAGCAGGUUCAGGGGAAAGGGUUUUGCGCGGCGCCGUCGUGGGACCCGGUCACCGGCUGGGGGACUCCUAACUACCCCAGACUGCUGGCGGCUCUGCUGGCUCAGUGACUCGCUGGUCACAUGGUUCUGCUCUGGGAGCAGCAGGCUGUGACUCUGUGCCAAAGGUCAGACGGGUGACGCGUCUGUGUUUGAUCCAACUCAAUUAGCAGGUGGACUUUUAUUCUGUCAAUGUUUUACUCUUAUCAGGUACAACGGUCCCUUUAAAGAACUCACUCGCAGAUCCAUUAAAAAAAACACUCCAUGAUUGUAGCUCAAACGGACACAGAGAUGUGGUUUAUUAUUUCAAACAGCAGGGGGCGCUCUUCGUCGGAUGAGCUGACUAAUGCUAGCAUACACAACUACUGCAAACACGUCUGCUGCUGCUGCUCUGUGCUUUAAAUAAAGUUUUAAUCGGCUGCUGUUGAAAUGAGACGGCAUUAACUAAUAAAUGUGGAACUUUCGUGACUGAUGAAACGAUGU